UUGUAGCAAGCUUUGAUACUGUAUGCACAGUGCAUUUCAUUCGGAGAAGUUAAGCAAUGGCAGAUGGUUGGGAUGUUAUACAUAAUACAUAUGUACAGAUGCUCCUGUGAGUAUCCGGGUGUCCUUCGUGAUCUCACAAUACUGUUUGAGGACGUUCGCUGUCCACAGUGAGUGCACUUGAUCGCUUUGAGCAAUGACGACGGACUCCUGCAAAUCAGCCCCUUCUAUAGAAUAUUGACCUAAGCUUGGUGGAGCCGACGUUCAAGUCAUGAAGAAUCUGAAAAGUACCGUUACGCCAUGUGAAGUCAUAUGUUACUGAAAAACAUCUUGACAGGUAUCCAUUUGAAAUGUGUUUUCUGAGUGUUUUGUGGAAGGAUUGGUUGUCUGGACCUGGCGCGGAGGAAUACGCUGUCAGAGAGAAAGUUUCAUACCCGCACCUUCCAACUUUAAACGGACAAUAAUCGAUAUCAAAUAGUCAGUGCAGGAGGUGGUGGGCCUGCAUAUGGUAGUUCAUUCCUUGGGAGCUUUGACGCUGAAAGCAUUGCUGUGGAAAGGUAUUGUUACCAGAGGCACACUACACAAGCAAUAACUAUGGAUAACUGCACAGCUUGUGAUGUGGAGGCAUUUUGUCAUAAUAUUUCACAAAGGACACCCGUUUCCGCGGAGGAAAAAGCCCUCAUAAUGUCGGACCCGAGAUUUAACAGCUGUGUAGAUUUUAAAAUUCCUCAUCGCGGGAUUUCACUAGAAAUGUGCAUACCUUAUGCUGUGAUUUUUCUGUUGUCAGUCGUGGGAAACUCUUUAGUGGUGUUAACGCUUUUCCAACACAAGAAGAUGAGGACCAUUACCAAUGUCUACUUGCUGAAUUUAGCAAUUAGUGAUCUUCUCCUGGCGGUAUUCUGCAUGCCGUUCACGUUGGUACCGUUGCUGUUGCAGGAUUUUGUGUUUGGAGCCGUUAUGUGUGCUCUAAUCAGAUACCUCCAAGCGGUGUCAGUCGGCGUGAGCUGCUUUACCCUGGUGGCAAUCUCCCUGGAACGUUUCUACGCUAUAUGUCAACCAUUACGUUCCCGACGCUGGCAAACGCUCUCCCAUUCUUACAAGGUCAUAUGCGGCAUCUGGGUGGUCGUGUUUAUUCUGAUGGUCCCCAUUGCCUGCUACAACAAAGUCACCCCCCUCGUCAGCGGAAGUCUCGCCUGUAGGGAGAUAUGGGAUAACUCACUGGCGGAGAAGUUGUACACAGGACUGCUGGACGUUGUGUUGUUACUGAUGCCGCUUAUCAUAAUGGCGACCUCGUAUGGCAGAGUUGCCUACGAGCUGGGCAAGGACUUGAACUCCCACGGUCCACCAACUCCUGUUUCAGGUAAACCAGAGGGGGAGUCACUGGAACCAGUUCGAUACGUAGUGAAGGACCCUCAUUCCACAACAUCCAGCGGUCCAUCCCCCAUUGUCCUUCGCCGUACCGAACCACGCGGCCCAGGGGAGAUAACUCACCCACUUCUCCUCCAAACCAACUUCCGGCAGGCGAACUACCAUAAGAUCCUGAUGAACAAGAAAAGAGUGAUGAAGAUGUUGUGCGUUGUGGUCCUGGAGUACUUCAUCUGCUGGACACCACUGUUUCUCGUGAACACGUGGACGGUCAUGGAUUAUCUCAGUGCGAGACGUAGCGUGAGCCUCACUGUCAAGUCCACCAUAUUCUUGUUGGCGUAUUUGUCGUCCUGCAUUCACCCAAUCACUUACUGUUUCAUGAACAAGCGGUUCCGUCAGGGAUUUGUAUCAGUGUUUAGUUGUUGUGGAUCUAAAGACUCUGUGCGACUACUGAGUGAGACGUCGAACGGGAAACAUAAUUCAAAACGUCUUGCGCAUGUCACCGACACAACAAACUUAAAGUUCUCAUGGCGGCGACAGGUGUAGAAUGGUAGCCAUUGGUUUGGAGGAAACAAAGAAAUAUAUGUGUUCUGUGGAUUUGUUGUUGUAAUAAAUGUUUGUAUCGCCAUACUUAGGAUAAA